AUCUAUCAUGCCCAGGUCGCUGUUUCUAAACUGUUGUCGUAAUAUUAUCUAUAUUGUAAUAUUUGCAGCCGUUUUGAUUCAAUUUAUUGAGACCUUCUUCACGCAGCAUCAGUUGAAGUUGGUGUUGAUAAUUGUAACAUUGUUCUUAUUUUUCGCUUUGAUAGUACUCAUCAGUAUUGCCGUAGACACAGAAGAACAGGAGGUCGUCGUAGUGCCUGGCCCUAACCCGAGAUCAGUCAUUGUAAUGUCACGAGAAACCGCAUCAAGUUUAUAAUUUUUAUUUCUUCCCGUUGACCGUUUGACGCUCAAGUUUUUGAUCAACCCAUAAAAUUAUUCUUAGAAAUUCGUAAACCUGAUACUAUUUAUUAUAUACGAUUACACCCACUGCCGCAUAGAAUAUUUUCAGUUUUUCACCCGUCUGUUAUCAAUAAUCUAAUUAUUAUCACAGCUCCGUUUUGCCGGAAAGUAACAAAGUCGACCGCCGUCUUGUAAAUUAAAUAAACCUACGUUUGUAAUUUUAACAACAAGGAAGUAACAUGUCAAAGAGAAGUACGGAAGAAGAAAGCAAUGUUAUUAAGCCGCCUUUGAAAAAAGUACGUUUUGGAUCGGUUAUAAUGGACCCUGAAUCGUCUACCGACAAAUCAAAUUGUGAAACUAUUGCUGAGUGGUUAGAGCAAAGAAAUAGAUUGGUGAUGAAGUUAAAAAGUCAGAUAGAAACACUUAAAAAUCAUAGAAAGGAAGAUAAAUCAUUGUUGAAGGCUGUCAGUCGCCACUGGGAUCAAUUGAACGAAGAUAUAAGUGUACUAUUGCAAAGAUUUAAUACUGAAAUCGCCGAUGAUUUUUCAAGCAACAACAAUGAAACUGUUAUAAUAAAAAUGCCAACCAUGAAGGAAGAGCUAGACUUAGAUGACAGAUUAGCUUAUCUCGUACACUCCUCCGAACGAGCUGUCGCAAAAAUCGAUGAUACCCUCAAUAGACUCGUGCAAAAAAUUUUGGAUAGAACUGAAGCUCUCUUCAAAGGAGAAUUCUACGGGAACGAGGCCCCGACCACAUUUCAAGUAAAUCAAGAUAAUAUAAAUAAUUUCCAUGAAAAUUGGCACUUGCGUUCUACCAGCCCAACGUUAUUCACAGAUUAUCGCAGAAAUUAUUUAAAGUUGGCUCGUCUGCAAGACAUUAUUAAUCGUCAAGAAGAAGAGCAAGAAAAAUUACGAGGACAAAUUGAAGAGCUGCAAGGCGAAAACCAAAAUAUUCAAAAGCGCAAUGAUACUAUUAAAAUAAUGUUAUCCAAAUAACUAAAUAAAUUAACAAUAAGUAUAUUUAGGGAAAUCCAUUUAACGAAAGUAAUUAAUUUCUUUCAGAUAUUAUGCAAUUUUUAUUUUAGUUUGGAUUAUAUAAUUAUUAUUAUCACUAUUUUAUUUUAUUGUGUUCUUUACUAAAUAUUAAUCUACAUGCAUGUUUUGUUAACUCCUUUUAAAUCGGUAAUAAUCAUCAAAUAUAUAUGUA